UGCCGCCUCUCCCCUCGGCUCCGCCGUCCCAGGCUGCUGCGCUCGGUUUACGGCCAGCCUGAAGUCCCCAGCUAGCUGCUGUCUGUGCUGCGUGCAAGGCUCUGCCCCCGCCUUUGUGGAAGGGGAAAGUAAGCGAGGGCGCUGCUUUCCAGCUGGUGAGCUUCGUGCCCGGCCUACCUGAGCGGGGCAGCCGUGCCCCGUGCUCUGCUCUGCAGGGGCGUGCGUGUCCUGGAGACCACCCGAGUGCUGGCGCACCCGGGACCGGGCUCUGCAUCCCGGGUAGGGGCUGCCCCCGGGAGGGUGGGGUCAGGAUGUAGCCCGCUCUGGGCACUGGAUGUGUGGGUGCAGCCCGUCCUGCGCGAGCCCCUGACCGUGCCCGGGGGGGAGGAGGUUGCACAUGGGUUUGGCAGGACCGGGACGGCUGGCGGGGGGCACCGAUGCGAUGGCUCAUCCUCUGCCUGCCUGUCAGCUGUGAGGUGCUUGCAGCAAGCAUUGAAUCCUUUGCAUUGGCCUGAAGGCAGCUCGAUUCUGUGUACCAAAUCCUCCAGGAGGGGAAGGAGCUGGUGUGGGUGGAGGGAAGUGUGCAUGUGCAUGUGCGGUGGUGACGGUGUCUGCCCCUGCGCCGGAAGCUCAGGGCACAACCCCCACCUCCCAAGGGCGGCUGACCGGAGUGCUGCCUCCUUUGUUGCUCUGGCACUUGGCGUUACAGGGCCCCAGCUGUGCUGUUCAACCCAAGCUAGGGGGCUCAGGACCCGCUCCGGAGCCCUGCCCGGAGCAGGAAGAGGCCCCAGGCAGCGUUGCUUACUCUUAGUGCAGUGUCUAACAGGCUUGGGACCCCCUGGGAAGGGAGCAGGAUGGUCCUUUGCAGCCUUUUAGGGCCAGAUGAGAAGGUUAUGACUAGCUGCUCCCGUGGCUCUUGCAGCAAGCCCAGGGCUCCUGGCUGGGCUGGAGCAGGUCUCAUAGAUUCAUAGACAUUCGGGCUGGAAGGGACCUUGCGAGAUCAUCGGGUCCAGCCCCCAGCCCCCGGGGCAGGAAGCCAGCGGGCGUCAGAUCACCCCAGCGAGAGAGGCAUCCAGAGUCGGUGCUUGCACCGCUUCUGCGGGGAGUCUGUUCCAGACUCUGCAGACUCGGAUAGCGAAGAAGUUUUUCGCAAUGUCCAGUGUAAAACGGUCUUCCAGCAGUUUGGUCUCCUCGAAGGCUGUGACCUCGAUGGAGGGAAAUCCAGCCCACCCCAGAGAAGCUGCUGCCGCAGUUGGCCCCUUACGUCCCAUUUGGGCGAGUCUGCCCCCAGGUCCCAGCCACGGGGCCUUGUUGUGCCUUCUCCGCUCGGCGAGAGCUGUCUGCCGUCGGGGAUCUCGUCUUUGUGACCUCGACCGCUUCUCUUGGACAAAGUGAGCGCGAGCCUCUGCGGUCCCUGUUCUCGGCACAUCCAUUUCUGAGCGCGCCCCAUGCUGCUGGCUUCCUCUCCGAGCUGGGGACCUCAGAAUGGACGCGGGACGCAGCCGUGCUCCCCGACCCUGCACGCCGAGGCUGUGCCGCCUCCUGCUCGUGCUUGCUGCUCCCCUACGCUCCCUUCCCAGUUGCGGGAUGGUGCUGGUGGUUCGGGUUCAGUGGCUCCUGCCGCAUCCCAGCCCCUUCUCAGGCCAUGCCUUCCAGGGUACGGUCUCAUCCAUCCUCCGAGUGUGACCGUACGUAGGUGACCUUGCAUUUGACUGCGUUAGAGCAUGUGCUGUUCAGAUGAUCCCACCUCAGCACGCGAUGUCAGUCCACCUGUAUAAGCAGCCUGCCCCCCUCGCCGCUUGCCCAUCUGCCAGUUUGUGCACCAUCUGCACAUUUUUGCAGGCAACAAUUUUUGUCUUUUCCUCCAAAUUGUAGAUUAGGAUGUUGAGUAGCAGGGGGCCUAGGACAGAGCCCCGGGGGACUCCUCUAGCAACGCUCCUCGGGGCUGAUGAUGAGUUUGCAUUGGAGAGCCCAUAAAUCAUGGGGUUUUUUCCUCUGUUGAAUAAAUGCAACAUUGAUUUGAGAGAGAUCUAAGGUUUUAAUCAGAAUGUCUUCCAGGAGAAAUCAAAGUUUAUUACGUCAGCCAUGUUACCUUUAUCAGUCAAACUGGACAUCUCAUUAAAACACAAUUGCAGGUUUGUUUACAAGGCUUCUUUUCCAGAAAGCCGUGUGGAUUGGUAUCGAGUGUGCUGCCAUCAUUUUCAUUUCCACUGAUUGCAUCUUGUCAUGGCCUGGCCAUGGUUUUGCCCAGAAUCAGUGUCUGUCUGUGCGUGUCUGGCCUCUGGCUCGUGCCCUUUUAAUCCUGGCAGAACAUUUGCUGUUCUUUUUCUCCGUCCAGUCUCUGGAGCUUCCUCUACAUCCUGGGAUCCAUUGAAAUCCACAGUAUUGAUUCCCAAGGCUCCUUGGCCAGGUUUUAGGAUUGGAAAGCCCUGCAGUGACAACACUAGAGAGAGUCUGGCUCAGCCACAGAUAGGCUGCACGCCCUUGAGCACCUUGCUUAGUCCCUCCCUGCACCAUUCCCCCUCUGUAAAAUGGGCACGGUGUUCCUCCAGCCCACCAAGAGGUGUAGCAUGGAAAACAUGCGCCGGGACAGCGGUCUGCAGGCUCAGGAGCUGGAGGGAGCAGAGAGCUGGGUGGAUGGGGUGCAAGGUGCUGCGGGAAUCCUGGUUCUCUAGCCUGCGGUGGAGGUGGUUGCUGCUGGGGGGGGAUAAGGGGAAGGGGGAAGGGAGCUUUCACUCCACUAUUUUGCUGCCAAAGCCCAUGUCCAGAGGGCUGAAUUGGGUGGCAAAAAAUAGGGAUCAGUUCUUCCCCCAGCAGCAGCUGCAAACUCUACCGCCGCUCUGCAGAACUACGAUUCCCCAAAUGCCUUGCGCUGCUGCGCACUGCCCGUGCAACCUGGGUUAUAGAGGCAGGGGCAGGUGAGGCCCUCCCCAUCCUUCUGGCACCGCUCCCGGUGAGCAGUGCCCCAGGCACUACCCGCUGCGUCGCCCCGCCCAGGGGAGCUGUGGACUAAACCCUGGAGACACGGGCAGACGCUGCGGGGAAGGGGGCUGUCUGCACAGGAAACUUCUGUGCAGGCCGGGCCGCUGGCUGCCUCCGUGCUCCGGUUCAGCCUGAAGAGGGGCUCGGCUUUCCCCUGCCCGUGGCAGAAGCAGUUUGCGUCGCCUCUCCCACGUCUGGGACGGCUCUGACUCCGCCGUGGCGGCGGCCGGCUCAGGGCUGCCGUGCAGCCAAGGGAAAUGGCAGCUGCCCCGGGAGAAGCACUCGGUCCGGGGCCGGCCAGCUCUCGGAGCAUGGGGACAUGGCAUUUUGCAGGCUUUGGGGCUUUGCUAGUUGCCGCUUGGGGCCGAGAGGGCCUUUCCCCUCCUGCUGCUGCAUGUUUUUAAGCUUUCCUGAGCAGCGUCAAGUGCUGUCUGCAGCCCAGGCCGGGGGCUGCGACUGGGCUGUGCCAAUGCUCCUUCUGGGACUCGACCCCGGACGGCCCUGGCUAUGGGGUCGCACCCCUCCACCCGGUCAGGAAGGGAUUUUCACCGCUGCAAUGACAGCGUAGCCCCGUGGCACGAGAGAUGGCCCACGUCACCGACUGCGGCACUCAGACAGACGCCGUGGUGGUGCUGUCCCUGGCGCAGGCGGCGGUCUUGGGCCUGGUGUCAGAGAAUGAGCUCUUCGGCGCGACCGUCAGCCCCAGCGGCUUCUUCCCAGGGCUUGGAAACGAGCUGGCGGACACGGCCACCGUGGAGCCGGAGGAGCCGGAGAGCGAUGGGCCCGCCCGCGCGGAGCUGCAGGAUGAGGAAGCGCUGGAGGCCGACGCCUCGUUCGAAAAGCACACCCGGAGGAGGAAGCGGCCGCCCGUGAGGCUGGUGCCCAAGGUCAAGAGCGAGAAGGCCGAGGGCCACGAGCAGGAGGUGGUGUACGAGGUGCCCACCCUGGGGGAGGACAAGAGCGAGGUGCCCGGCAGCCACCCCCCCAGCCUGGAGGGCGCCGCCAGCGACAAGACGGUGCAGAGCAGCACCAUGAAGAUGAUCGACCUCAGCGCCUUCAGCAGGAAGCCCCGGCGCCUCCGGCACCUGCGCAGGCACGUGCGGCAGGAUGCGGCCCUGGGGGGCUACGAGCACAGGCUCCGGGAGCCCGUCCAGGCGGGGUACGCGGAGGCCGGCCUGAGCGGGGCCGCGGAGAGCGCCGAGCCUGAGGCCCUUCCCACCGAGUGCGGCUUUGAGGCGAGCGCCCCGUCCCUGAGCGACGCGGAGGCACCGGUGCCCGAGUCGCCGGAGGAGCAGGUGAAGAGCGAGCAGGGCUUCGCGUGGCAGGACCCGGCGGACUUCGAGGCGGACGGGGGCGGUGGCAACAGCGAGCGCCACAAGAAGGCGCAGCUGGACCGGCUGGACAUCAACGUGCAGAUCGACGACUCGUACCUGGUGGAGGCGGGCGACCGCCAGAAGCGCUGGCAGUGCCGCAUGUGCGAGAAGUCCUACACGUCCAAGUACAACCUGGUGACGCACAUCCUGGGCCACAACGGCAUCAAGCCCCACUCCUGCCCGCACUGCAGCAAGCUCUUCAAGCAGCCCAGCCACCUGCAGACCCACCUGCUGACGCACCAGGGCACGCGGCCGCACAAGUGCGACGUGUGCCACAAGGCCUUCACCCAGACCAGCCACCUGAAGCGGCACAUGCUGCUGCACACGGACAUCAAGCCCUACAGCUGCCGGUUCUGCGGUCGGGGCUUCGCCUACCCCAGCGAGCUGAAGGCCCACGAGGGCAAGCACGAGAGCGGGCGGUGCCACGUGUGCGUGGAGUGCGGCCUGGACUUCUCCACGCUGACGCAGCUCAAGCGGCACCUGGCCACGCACCAGGGGCCCACGCUCUACCAGUGCCUGGAGUGCAGCCGGUCCUUCGCCUACCGCAGCCAGCUGCAGAACCACAUGCUGAAGCACCAGAACGUGCGCCCCUUCGUCUGCACCGAGUGCGGCAUGGAGUUCAGCCAGAUCCACCACCUCAAGCAGCACUCGCUCACCCACAAGGGCGUGAAGGAGUUCAAGUGUGAGGUGUGCGGGCGGGAGUUCACACUGCAGGCCAACAUGAAGCGGCACAUGCUCAUCCACACCAGUGUCCGGCCCUACCAGUGCCACAUCUGCUUCAAGACCUUCGUGCAGAAGCAGACGCUCAAGACGCACAUGAUUGUGCACUCGCCUGUCAAGCCCUUCAAGUGCAAGGUCUGCGGGAAAUCCUUCAACCGCAUGUACAACCUGCUGGGCCACAUGCACCUGCACGCCGGCAGCAAACCCUUCAAGUGUCCCUACUGCUCCAGCAAGUUCAACCUGAAGGGCAACCUGAGCCGGCACAUGAAGGUCAAGCAUGGGGUCAUGGACAUCAGCCUGGACAGUCAAGCUGGACUGGCUUGUCGCGUCCUGUCUUCCAGACCCCAUGAUGGAGCUGACGGGCGCCGACACCGCCGAGCUGGACGGGCAGCAGGAGAUGGAGGACUACGAGGAGGAGAGCGCCUACGACUAUGGGGGGGUGGGGCGCGCCCCGGACGAGAGCAGCCUGACCGAGCAGACCAUGAAGGAAAUGGCCUAUUACAACAUGCUGUAGCUGAGACGGGCAGGGCCGAGGCCGCGGUGCAGAGAACUGGGAGCCAGCAGGGGAAGGAGCUCCUGGCACGCGGCGCCAGCCCGGAGUCCCGGCAGUGCCCGCUCCAGCCAAGCCUGGUGCACCGAUGCUACCCGUGUGAAGGAGGAAACGGGGAUGGCUCCGAGCCCCGCAGCGCCGGAGGAAGGAGGAGCAGCCGGAGGCAGCGCAGCUGCCCACAGAACUGAUGCAGCGGGCCAACGGGUCUUGGCUGCUGCCCGGCUGGUGCAGCAGGGAGCCGGUUGGGCCAAGGCUCUGUGCCGUUGCCGGGCCAUCCCCUCUCAGGGCCCUCCUUCACCGAGGGCAGCCACCGCUGGCCUGGGCAGCCAUGCCACCUGCCCUCCCUGGAGCCCACAUGGCCAAGCCCGGGGCACACUACUCCUGGGCAUCGGCAGCAAAGGUGCCUGUGGCCGGAGAAGGUGCAUCCGAGCAGCGUUAAUCCUGUUCUACCUCCCGGCUCCCCUCGGGCGGAGGCUGCGGAUGGCUCCGGAGGAGACGGGGGUCCAGCCUGCCACCCGUCAGCCCAGCCCCGCCUCACCAAGGCCCAGCUCUUGCUGCGGGCAGAUGGAGAGGCACAAAUGUGAUGCUCUCUAAGGAAGGACAGCAUGGCACAUGCAAGGUCAAGUGAGCUACUUGCCCGGGAGCAGCCCUGGCCUGACCCCGCUCGUGGCUGGAUUGUGAAGGUAAUUUAUUCCCCCCGCCACGAGCUCCGCCACGGGUGCUCCCCUCAGCCAAGGCUGCUCCCACCACCACUGUCCCUUGCAAGCCUGUGGAAGCCAUGCGUGAGUGGAGCAGGCGGCUUGGGUACUCAGGGCUUCCUGCCCUGGCACAGGGCGACCAAAGAGAAGCGCUGCUGCUGCUCCCAAGUGAAGCCCUGGCCUGGCCCGUGUGCCACGGGCAGGCUGGGGUGGGUGAACCAAAGCUGCUGUAGCGCCACGGGCACUGCUACUUAGUGCCUGUGAAGGGGGACAGGGCACCGUGCAUCAAGAGCGGGGCCCAGAGCUAUGCCCUCCCCCCCCAAGCUGCUGCCUCAUGGGGAUGACAGCCACACACCCAGGGAAGCGCGGGGGUGAGUCCCAGCAGGACCCUCGGGCAGGGAGAGACUGGGACAGCCACAGGCUGCGAAGCUCUGGGCGCCCCUAGCUCCGAGGGCAGCAGCAGGGCCCAGUCCUGCCCUCCACCACCGCCCUUGCAAAUCUCCCCUCCUGGGUGCAACCCAGGGCAGCCUCCAUGCAGCCCUGCCCCUGGGCCCGAGCCAAGGAAGCCGUGUUUGCAGAGGCUCCCCGGAGGCAGCAGGAGUGGAGACAAGCAGCUCUGACAGGGAGGAGCGAAACCGUGCCCGGGGCUAGGGGCUGCCCCACAACAGCCCGCACUGCUGAGUGUCGUGGGGGCUGCCUUUCAAGCCCAGGGGCAGCUCAGUACAGGCUUCCCUGCAGGUCCGGGCACCUGCCAGCAGCUCUCCCUCCCCCUUCCCUGGAGCCUACAGCACCUUCAGGGCUUUUGGGCCCAUGCUGGACAGAGGGGAGCCCUUACGGCUCCUGCACAGGUCAUGGCCGGGAGCUGCAGCCAGGGUCCCCUUGCCUGGCGCUGCGGGGGAGGCCAGGCUGCCUGGGAAAGCAGCACAGCCCGGGUAGGGCCCAGCGGCACUGCCCUCCUCUCUGCCCAGAGUGCACCGGCCCUUCUUCCCCUACAAACUACCUCUGUCCCCGUUACCAAAAAGCAGCCGCUCUCGCCUGGCCCCCCGCCGGCCUCCUCACUCCUGCAGAGCAGGCAGUGCCUGCACCCACGGAGCCCCCGGCCGCACCGCUGCCCGGGCAGAGGAGAGCAGCGCUGGCGGGUGCGGCGCAGUGCGGUCAUCCCCCCCCCCCGUGCAAAGCCCUACUGUGUGUGACUCCCUGUUUGAAGAGUUGUUAGCAAUAAUUCUAAAUAAAGGAAUAUUCUUUA